AUGAUCCGCAAACUGCCUUUCCAGCGCCUGGUGCGAGAAAUUGCCCAGGACUUUAAGACCGACCUGCGCUUCCAGAGUUCCGCUGUGAUGGCCCUGCAGGAGGCAAGCGAGGCUUACCUGGUCGGCCUGUUCGAGGACAACAACCUGUGCGACAUCCACGCCAAGAGGGUGACCAUCAUGCCCAAGGACAUCCAGCUGGCCCGUCGUAUUCGCAGAGAGCGCGCAUAAACGUUGACCUGAUCUCUAAAAUCCCCUAAAGGCUCUUUUAAGAGCCACCUCCAUAU